GCUAGACCCAGCUGGGAUUCUGCCAAGCUCUGGUGCUCAGUCUAAGACAAGGGCCGCCUUCCAGCCCUGUUCUCCCAGCCUGUCAUGGCCACACACCGAUGCCUCCCGCUUGUGUGGGGACACAGGGCACCCAGCCCCAACCCUGAAAGGUUAAGCCAGGCCUUCUGGCUCCAUUCCACAGGGACACUGCAGGCCCGAGGCUCCUUUCAGAGCAAGAGCAACUGAUGCUAUGGGAGAAACCCCUACCCGACUGUCCACUUGCCUGGCACUGCCUGUUCUGAGACCCACACCCUGGGUCCUUCUGCAGGUGCCAACCCUGUGAGCUCCCUCCCACCCCCUGACCCGACGCUGAGAAGGUUCUCUCCAUUCCCAUCAUGUGUGAGGUGAUGCCCACAAUCAACGAGGGGGACCCUCUGGGCCCCCCCCACGGUGCCGAUGCGGACGCCAACUUUGAGCAGCUGAUGGUGAACAUGCUGGAUGAGCGAGAGAAGUUGCUGGAGUCUCUUCGUGAGAGUCAGGAAACUUUGGUAGCCACACAGAGCCGGCUCCAGGAUGCCCUUCACGAGCGAGACCAGCUCCAGCGCCACCUGAGCUCCGCCCUUCCCCAGGAAUUUGCCACUUUAACUCGGGAGCUAAGCAUGUGUCGGGAGCAGCUUCUGGAGCGGGAGGAAGAGAUAUCCGAGCUGAAGGCAGAACGGAAUAACACGAGGCUGCUUCUAGAACAUCUGGAAUGCCUCGUGUCCCGCCAUGAGCGAUCAUUGCGGAUGACAGUGGUAAAACGGCAGGCCCAGUCGCCUUCAGGUGUCUCCAGUGAGGUGGAGGUGCUGAAGGCCCUCAAGUCACUAUUUGAGCACCACAAGGCCCUGGAUGAGAAGGUGCGAGAGCGGCUCCGGGCAGCUCUAGAGCGCGUUACUACCCUGGAGGAGCAGUUGGCAGGGGCCCACCAGCAGGUAUCUGCCCUGCAGCAAGGGGCAGGAAUUCGAGAUGGAGUUGCAGAAGAGGAAGGGACUGUGGAUUUGGGACCAAAACGCCUGUGGAAAGAUGACACUGGCCGGGUGGAAGAGCUGCAAGGACUCUUGGAGAAGCAAAACUACGAGUUGAGCCAGGCCCGCGAGCGACUGGUCACGCUGAGUGCCACUGUGACGGAGCUUGAGGGGGACCUGGGCACAGCCCGCCGAGACCUCAUCAAGUCCGAGGAGCUGAGCAGCAAACAUCAGCGGGACCUCCGUGAGGCUCUGGCUCAGAAGGAGGACAUGGAAGAGCGAAUCACCACACUGGAGAAGCGCUACUUGGCUGCUCAGCGAGAGGCCACAUCCAUCCAUGACCUCAAUGACAAACUGGAGAAUGAGCUGGCCAACAAGGAAUCCCUGCACCGCCAGUGUGAGGAGAAAGCCCGACAUCUGCAGGAGCUCCUGGAAGUGGCGGAGCAGAAGCUGCAGCAGACCAUGCGCAAGGCAGAGACUCUGCCAGAGGUGGAGGCUGAGCUGUCUCAGCGGAUCGCAGCCCUCACCAAGGCUGAGGAACGGCAUGGCAACAUAGAGGAGCAUCUGCGGCAGCUGGAAGGGCAGCUGGAGGAGAAGAACCAGGAGCUGGCAAGGGUGCGCCAGCGGGAGAAGAUGAACGAAGACCACAACAAGCGGCUGUCAGACACCGUGGACCGUUUGCUUAGUGAGUCCAACGAGCGCCUGCAGCUCCACCUCAAGGAGCGGAUGGCCGCCCUGGAGGAGAAGGGCCGUCUGUCUGAAGAGAUUGAGAAGCUGCGCCAAGAGGUGGACCAGCUGAAGGGUCGAGGGGGGCCGUUUGUGGAUGGCAUCCACUCCAGGUCACACGUGGGCAGUGCAGCAGACGUGCGGUUCUCACUGAGUACAGCCACACACGUGCCCCCGGGUCUGCAUCGCCGCUAUUCGGCGCUGAGGGAAGAGCCUGCCAAGGACUGGAAGCCACCACCACUGCCAGGAGUGUUGGCCGCUACCAGCACGCCUGCCUUUGACAGUGACCCUGAGAUCUCUGAUGUGGACGAGGAUGAGCCUGGGGGCUUGGUGGGCACGCAGGUUGAUGUCAUCUCCCCUGGUGGCCAUUCGGAUGCCCAGACCCUGGCCAUGAUGCUGCAGGAGCAGCUGGAUGCCAUCAACCAGGAGAUCAGGAUGAUCCAGGAGGAGAAGGAGUCCACUGAGCUUCGCGCUGAGGAGAUUGAGACGCGUGUGACCAGUGGCAGCAUGGAGGCUCUCAACCUGACCCAGCUGCGCAAGCGCGGCUCUAUCCCCACCUCUCUGACCGCCCUGUCCCUGGCCAGUGCGUCCCCGCCGCUCAGUGGCCGCUCCACACCCAAGCUCACUUCCCGAAGUGCUGCCCAGGAUCUGGACCGAAUGGGGGUCAUGACCCUGCCCAGCGACUUAAGAAAGCAUAGGAGGAAGCUGCUGUCGCCAGUGUCUCGGGAAGAGAACCGAGAGGAUAAAGCCACCAUAAAAUGUGAGACUUCUCCUCCUUCCUCACCCAGGACGCUGCGGCUAGAGAAGCUGGGCCACCCUGCCCUGAGUCAAGAAGAAGGCAAGAGCGCCUUGGAGGGUCAGGACAGCAACCCCAGCAGCAGCAACAGCAGCCAGGACUCCCUGCACAAGGGCGCCAAGCGCAAGGGCAUCAAGUCAUCCAUUGGCCGCCUGUUUGGGAAGAAGGAGAAGGGCAGGCUGAUCCAGCUGAGCCGGGAUGCCACAGGCCACGUUCUGCUCACAGACUCCGAGCUCAGUCUGCAGGAACCAAUGGUACCUGUCACGUUGGGGACCCAGGCAGAGAAGGACCGGCGCCUGAAAAAGAAACACCAGCUGCUUGAAGAUGCCCGUCGAAAAGGAAUGCCCUUUGCCCAAUGGGAUGGCCCCACGGUGGUCUCCUGGCUGGAGCUCUGGGUGGGGAUGCCUGCCUGGUACGUGGCAGCCUGCCGGGCCAAUGUCAAGAGCGGCGCCAUCAUGUCCGCCCUGUCGGACACGGAGAUCCAGCGGGAGAUCGGCAUCAGCAACGCCCUGCACAGGCUCAAGCUGCGCCUGGCCAUCCAGGAGAUGGUCUCACUGACGAGCCCCUCAGCUCCGCCUACCUCCAGGACUUCUUCAGGGAAUGUCUGGGUGACCCAUGAAGAGAUGGAAACUCUGGCAACAUCUACCAAAACAACCCUGGCCUAUGGAGACAUGAAUCACGAAUGGAUUGGAAAUGAAUGGCUGCCCAGCCUGGGUCUCCCUCAGUACCGCAGUUACUUCAUGGAGUGCCUGGUGGAUGCACGCAUGCUGGAUCACCUCACCAAGAAGGACCUGCGUGUCCACCUCAAGAUGGUGGACAGUUUCCACAGAACCAGUCUUCAGUAUGGCAUCAUGUGUCUGAAGAGGCUGAAUUACGACCGGAAGGAGCUGGAGAAGAGGCGGGAGGACAGCCAGCAUGAGAUCAAGGAUGUGCUGGUCUGGACCAAUGACCAGGUGGUUCACUGGGUCCAGUCUAUAGGGCUAAGGGACUAUGCAGGAAACCUACAGGAGAGUGGUGUGCAUGGCGCCCUGCUGGCCCUGGACGAGAACUUCGACCACAACACGCUGGCCUUGGUUCUGCAGAUCCCCACACAGAACACCCAGGCCCGCCAAGUGAUGGAGAGAGAGUUCAAUAACCUUUUGGCCUUGGGCACAGACAGGAAAUUGGAUGACGGGGAAGAGAAGGUGUUCCGCCGAGCACCCUCCUGGAGGAAACGCUUCCGGCCUCGGGAUCACCAUAGCGGUGGCAUGUUGGGCACUUCAGCGGAGACCCUCCCGGCGGGCUUCCGUGUGUCCACGCUGGGUCCGCUGCAGCCUCCACCGGCCCCGCCCAAGAAGAUCAUGCCGGAAGCUCACUCGCACUAUCUCUACGGACACAUGCUCUCCGCCUUCCGGGACUAGCCACGGCCCCCAGGGCGGGUGUCCUGGUUUCACAGGCUCAGCCAGCCCUGACCCUUCCUGCUCGUUCCCUUUCUCCCUUGGCUCCCAGUCUCUCCUCUGUGACUUUCCAGUUGCCCGGGAUCUCAGAAUAUGCUCAUCCACCCCUUCGGCGUCCCUCUAUCCGAGUCCUACUACUUCGUUCCCCCUUUGUAAGUCUCUGGAGGAUGUGGCCAAGGUCUCCAGUGAGUGGUGGUAGUCAGGUUGUAGGUGUUUUGAGAUUCUGUGGGAGGGAGGGAAGGACAGCACGGAGCGUGUGGCCACCUUUCCUCUUCCGGAUCUGUUUUGGUCUGGACUAUGGGCGCAUCAGGCUCAGGAUUCCGGACCAAGGACUGAGAUGACCCUUCCAAUAAAAGGCCAUUUCGGA